UGGAGAGCUCAUCUUACAUUAUUGUUCAUCACAGUCUGAAAGAAGUUUUAUUCUUAUAUUCAGGUGCAUCCAUCUCAGUCAAGCGAUAAAAUAUGGAUGAAAAAGCCAAAAGCAAAAAUCUGGUGUGAUAGCCAGUGUGUGGACCGGGGCUUCGGGCUGGCGUGGCCCUUUUGAGUGCCUCGUUGUCACGGCAUGGAAAAGCCCCAGAAUAUCCAGAGAUUGCGAAAAAGUGCAGAAUUCCUUGCUUCCGUUCCUAACGCCUUGUGAAGCAGGUGAUGGCAACCAAAACAAAAUUACAGAGUAGGCUGGACAUAAGUAACACGCUUGGGGUGUUAUCUCCCUGGACCAGCUCGUAAGCGCAAGGCCUCUCUUAUUACAACUACAUUCAGCAUAAUGAUCCAGUUCCUGGUCAGCAGCGUCCGACUCGGACAGCGAACCCGGCGCCAUGUCCAGGCGCAGUCUACGUCUGGACGACAGCCGGCUGGACCGCAAGCUGCCGCUCGGCAGCGCCUCCUACAGCGUGGGAGGAAACGGCUGGACAAACAACAGCAGAGCGUUGAAAUCUCGCUGUUCUCGGCAGCUCUCCGCGUCCUGCUCGGAGUCGUUCCUCGCCCACACUCCUCGUAAACCCUCCAACCUGUCGCUCCACAGCGACGUUUCCGACGCCUCGCUGAUCUCCUCCUUGCUGGACGAGUCCGCCAUCCAGGAGUGCAGUGUGGUUGACGCCCUCUGGGGUUUGGACCACGACCUUGAUCCUAAAGAAAGCACCAUCAUCGAGGAGCAGAGCAGCGUGUUGGCCAACAGCACUCUGAUUGGCUCUGACGGCCACUGUCCCAAACACUUGAUCCAUACGCUGCCCCGGGUCUCCCGCAAAGGCUGCGAGUGCGACAGGAGGGAGUCCGGAACCGCAAACCUGUCGUCGUCCUCCAAGCGCUUGAGCUCGCCGGCCUUCGAAGCGUCCGACGUCUACUGCAGAGACAGAAGUCGGCGUGCCGCAACAGAUGUGCCGCGGCCGUGGUUGGACUCGUUCCUGGGCGGCGCGAGGACGGCGGCUGCCCGUUGCCGCUCUGCGCUGGCGCGCGCCCUGCAGAUGUGUCGGGCUGACCGUAAUCGUGGAGCUCGUACGGGCCACGGCGGCGACAUGAGCGCCAAACACGGGGAGCGUCUCCCCAACGGAUCUCUGUGUGAGUUGGCACGCACACGCACGCACUCUGGCGAUGACUGCAAGGAGCAACAGCACGCGGAGCAGACGCGCAACGUGGGCUCGUCUCGGCCCGCUCGGGCGUCGACCCUCUGCUGGUUGUUGAGGAACGUCUCUGUGUUUACAGCGUGGUGUUUGCGUCUGCUGACCUCGUGGCUGUGGGCACUGACCAGGACGAUGUCGUCGUCGUCUCACGCCGCAGGUAAGCCGGUCAAGCGUGGCGGCGCGUUCCAGUUGAUGGGCAGACGAUGGAGCGACACCCCUCUGCUGACUUGGUUUCUUCUCUCACUCUUGUUGGUUCUUCUGACCGUCUUCAGUUUGUGUUGGUUCAGCUUUGCCGGUCUACCAGCUGUAAGUGUCCUGGAGUGGAAGACUUCAAUAUCUGACGUCCCUGCCCUGUCCUCAGUCGACGGUCUCUCGUCUUCUGUGAGCCGAGCAGCUGGGGGCGUUGCGGAGGACUCGGAAGAGAAAGCGUCGGCCGAGUCCGAGUCUGUGCGCCUCGCUCGUCUGGAGCGCAGCCUGGCCUCGCUGCGGGAGCGCGUGGAGGCCGGCGACGAGCUCGCGGAGCUGAGACGCGGCGAGAUGCUACAGAUGCACUCUGAACUGCAGCGCCACGCCCAGAGGGGCGAACUGCGCCUGAGCGGCCUGCUAGAGCGCCAGCUGGCCCGACUGAGAAGGCGAAUGGACGAGGACAGGCGGCAGAGGCAGCGGGAGUUGUUGCGGCAACAGAGCCAAAUGUCUCGUCUGGAUCUUUUGGAGGCCAAGUUGCGGAAUCUGGCGGCCAAGGCGGAGGAGGCGACGUCCGGGCCGGCAACACUUUCUGAUGUGGCCAGUGUUGCCGUGGACCGUCAGUCCCACGACGCCUUGUUGGCAGAGGUGGGCCGUCUGGCGGCGGCCCUGAAGGACAUCGGGCGGGAUGUGGAAGCCCUGCUGGGAUGUCAGCAGCUGGACCAGGAGACGAUUUCCGCUCAGGUCCACCAGCAAGUUCUGGUUCUGCUUUACGGGAAGGAGCGGGCAGAGUCCGGCUUCCCCGAUUCGCUGCUGCGCUGGCUGUCGGAGCGCUACGUGGCCGGGGCCGACCCGCGAGCGUCUCUGGCCGCGCCGGAGCGCGGCAUCCUCCGCAACGACAGCCGUCAUCUGGACCGGCGCCAGCGUGAGGAGACGGCUGGGAAGGCGCUGACCAGGGAGGACGUGGACGCGAUUGUGAAGCGCGCGUUGCGCCUUUUCUCCCACGACCGGACCGGCCUGGCCGACUACGCGCUGGAGUCUGGAGGUGGCAGCAUCCUGAGCACUCGCUGUUCUGAGACAUAUGAAACCAAAGCGGCGCUGCUCAGUUUGUUUGGUGUUCCUCUCUGGUACUUCUCGCAGUCUCCUCGAGUUGUCAUCCAGCCAAACGUCCACCCAGGGAACUGCUGGGCCUUCCGAGGCUCCACGGGCUUCCUGGUGAUCCGCUUGUCCAUGAGCGUGGUGCCCAGCGCCUUCUCCCUGGAGCACAUCCCCAAAUCCUUGGCGCCCAGCGGCACUCUGCGCAGCGCGCCCAGACACUUCGCCGUCUACGGUCUGGCCGACGCCGCUCAGGACCGAGGGACGCCGCUCGGCUCGUACGCGUACGAGGAGGACGGAGAAGCGCUGCAGACUUUCUACGUCACUGAGGAGAACGAGCGUGCCUUCCAAAUCAUCGAAGUGCAGGUGUUGUCCAACUGGGGCCACGAGGAGUACACGUGCAUGUACCGCUUCAGAGUGCACGGCUCUCCCAGGGACGCUUGAACGCACCGUCCGCCUUUCCUCUUAAGUUGCUGAUUUCCAGUUGAAAAAAGGACACACUGCCAACUUUGUCAAUAUUUUCCUUAUUUUAUCCCCUCUUUGCCACGUCAAGUUGUGAUGUCUUAGAAUUGCUUUCUUUUUUUUUUAACCUUUAAAAUGAUUAAAUCAACCUGCUGAGUGACCUUGAACGCAACACAGAGUGGCCUUGGCCUGCGUGUGUGCCAUGAUGAUAAUGAACUUGACGCCUUCAAAGUUGCAAUUGCACUGAACUCAACGUAUUGUCUUCAGGUUAAUGUUUGUCAGAUGUUAUGCCUUUUUAAAUGUUUUGUUAUUUUCCCUAUUUGAGGUGUAAAUAAAGGUUUUACGUUUCGGA